GAUCCACGCCCAAACUUCUGGACAAUUUGGUAUGACAAUCCUGGAGCCGGUACUCCAAACGUGCCUGAUUCAAGUUGGCAGUAUUUCAAUGACAUGGGCCUCUACAUCUUCGAUUGCAUCCUCAUCCACAUUGACAAUCGUGUAUUGGACUCCAACCUUACCAUCAUCAGCGCCUGCGAGCAGUUCAAUACUGUUGAGGCGUUAAUUAUUUACUCCAAGUCAGACCAACACAUCAAUAACAUGGUGUACGACAGGAUGCCAAGAGUUUUUGACCCUUUUGAAUCCGACAUCGAUGAAGAGACACGUUCUCGUUUUCUGCAAAUCAAAUCAAAUCUGAAGAAUGGGGGGAAGUUCGUCGACGAAUCACGCCAGAAUGUGCGAAUGAAUCUC